AUAGUGUUGAACCUGUUUAAUGGGGUAACUUCAACCAAUUUGGUAAUCACGUUUUAGUAUAAAUGUAACCAAACCAUCGCGAAGCUUUUUUGGGUGGCAGCCAGUGCACCGGAAAAUCAUUGAGCUUCCGCUUCCUUUCAAGACAUCCGCUCAACUACAUCACAUCAUAAUGCCAAAAUCAAAGGAAAGACUGUCCACCACAUCUGGCAGUGACUCUGACAGUGAAGCAGAAACCAAGGCAAAAAGGAAGAAGUCCAGUGCACCAGAGAAACCAUCCAAGAAACCAAAGGGUGGAGAGAGCUCCAAGCCGGGCGGCUCAUCCAAAGGCGGCAGUGAUGCUGGAGACAACAUGUUCCAGAUUGGGAAGAUGCGAUACGUGAGCGUCCGGGACUUCAAAGGGAAAGUCCUGAUCGACGUCAGAGAGUACUGGACGAACUCAGAUGGGGAGAUGAAGCCGGGGAAGAAAGGUAUCGCCCUGAAUCCUGAACAGUGGAACCAACUAAAGGACCAGAUUUCAGAUAUUGAUGACGCCAUCAAGAGAUCCUAAGCAUUCCCUUGAUGUUCUGUGUCCACUCAUUAUUUCGUUAGUUGGCUAAAUGUUUUUGUAAAUGAUGUUGAUGUUUUAUAAUUGGCUGGGUAAGAUUAAAGCUGUGUAGAUCUA